UAGGCAGCUUAUGACUUAAGAGCCAUUCACCACCCAGUCCUUGCCACCGCCUUUCCCCAUUGGUUCUCAGCAUGAGUCACAUGCUUUGGGUUUCUUUGAAAAGAUCUGCGUAAGGUCUCAGCAUUUCAUGAGCAUCUCCCGCAUCCCACAGAAGCUGUGCUGAGUUCCCUCAUCCAUCACAAUGAGCAACAAAUUCCUGGGCACCUGGAAACUUGUCUCCAGCGAGCACUUUGACGACUACAUGAAAGCUCUGGGUGUGGGGUUAGCCAACAGAAAACUGGGAAAUCUGGCUAAGCCCAAUGUGAUCAUCAGCAAGAAGGGGGAUUAUCUGACCAUAAGAACUGAAAGUGCCUUUAAAAACACGGAGAUCUCCUUCAAGCUGGGCCAGGAGUUUGAAGAAACCACAGCUGACAACAGGAAAACCAAGAGCAUCGUGACGCUGGAGAGAGGCUGCCUGAAGCAAGUGCAGAAGUGGAAUGGUAAAGAGACAACCAUAAAGAGAAAGUUGCUGGAUGGGAAAAUGAUCGUGGAAUGUAAGAUGAAGGGUGUGGUCUGCACCAGAAUUUAUGAGAAGGUCUGAGAAAAUCGUUGUGCUCGCCUAAGAAUGGAAAUCAUUCAGCAAGACCGGAGGACACUGCAGUCUGGUUUUUGCAUUUGUCAUAAUAUGUCCUAUAGGCAAAGGUUUAAAUUGAGGAUUAACCUAAAAUGUUAAUUUAGACAUUUUCCAUUUUCAUCCAUGUCUUCACUAUGUAUCCUUCUGUAUUGACCAGACACAAAGACAUCCCAUAAAAAUCGCUGUCUGCUAAGUGACAACCUGGGCUGUUGAUCGUACUGUUUGAAAUAAUGGUAAAAAGAAGAAAUCAAAUACACACAAAAAAGUAAGAGCAUUGUUCUGAACAGUAAUAAAUGUCUCCAGAGGUCUGCACAGUUAUGAGGCAGGGGAAAUCACAAAUAGACAAAACAAGAAGAGGAUCUGGGUUACAUUGGGGGGGGAGUUCUACUUUCAGCAAACUGGAGCAGCCUCUAUUCCAUUUCAGCCAAAGCUUUGUAAUCUACAAACAAGGAGAUACACAGCUAUUAUGGACACCGAACUGUUAUGACGAGUACAUGUACGUAUGUACCUGUGCUUUCCAAUUGAGGUUAACACAUUUCCUCAUUCUCAGAUAGCUUCCUCAUCUCCCUCCCCAGGUAAUAUUUUGCUCUGCCUCAAGACACCAGAAACAAGGAUGAUACUGAUUUGGUCCUAGAUUAGUUUUACCUAAAAUAGAACCAGACCUCGUGCAUUCAUUUCUAUUUGCCUUUUAAAACUUAGCAUGAUGUUUUUCGGGUUCAUCAUCAUUGUCCCAUGUAGUAGUAAUUUUUUUUUAAUUACUGAGGAUUAUUCCAUUGCAUCACUGUAUCUUUUUAGUUAUCCAUCCUUCUCUUGAGACAACUGGGUUGUAACCAGUGUAUGUACAUGAUGAAUAAAGCCGUUACAUUCUC